AUGUAUAAGUUGAACCUGUACAUACCUACUAUCACACUCGCUACUGAGCAGACAAGCCACAUUGGGCGUGAUUUAGAGGACGAGGAAGAGCUCAAGGACGAAGCUGAUUGGAUCUACGCCAACGCGUUCAUAGGUACAGCCAUUGAGCCUGGGCGUAAUCCUGACCUGGACUCAAAGGCCACAGAAGAUAUCCUCAAUGUGUUAAC